AUGGACUCUCGUUAUUUCGAAUAUAGUGUCUCGGGUACCGAUUUAUCCUACUCUUCACAUCCUACGUUCUCCUCCAUACCCACAAGGCUCUCCGAAUCCUUAAAACUCGGUUUUAGAAACUCCCCCAAUUCACCCUUCUCCACCCAUUUCGAAACCGAGACUCUCACCGUAUUGGCCGACACAUUCGAACACCAAACUUCAACCGACAAUCUUUCCGCCGCCACUCCUUCCUCUAACACUUCCCUUUAUUCCCUCCCAAAUGAAGACACCAAUCACAACAUAAUAAGAAACCGUCUCCUCGAAUUGGAAACUGCCCUUAUGGCUCCGGACGCAGACGACGACAUCACCACAACAUCAGACCCAAGUCUAGGCGAAAACAGACAGUCUCAAUCACGAACAUGGGCCCGCGAAACGUCAUACGCGUCCCACUCCCGCCAAUCCGAAUCACCCCGCGAAUCGCCACAUGGCAGCACCUCUUUCAAUCCAGCCCGUCUACAGAUGGUUCCCCCGAACAACCUCAAACAGCUCUUGAUCGCAUGCGCGCGGGCCCUCCACGAGAACAAUCACGACGAAUUCGAGCGACUAGUCGAGCGAGCCCGCUCCUCCGUGUCCAUCAGUGGUGAGCCAAUCCAGCGCCUGGGAGCUUACCUAGUCGAGAGCCUAGUCGCACGCAGAGAAUCUUCCGGAACCAAUAUCUACCGGGCCCUCAAAUGCAACCAGCCCGAAAGCAAGGACCUUCUCUCUUACAUGCACAUUCUCUACGAGGUCUGCCCUUACCUCAAAUUCGGCUACAUGGCCGCCAACGGAGCCAUAGCCGAGGCCUGCAAGGGCGCGGACAAAAUCCACAUAGUCGAUUUCCAGAUUGCUCAGGGGACACAGUGGAUAACUCUGCUUCAGGCCCUCGCGGCCCGGCCCGGCGGCCCGCCCCGUGUUCGUAUCACCGGGAUCGACGACCCGGUCUCGAAGUACGCGCGCGGGGACGGGCUGCCAGCUGUCGGGCGGCGCCUGGCGGCGGUUUCCGAGAAGUUCGGGAUUCCGGUCGAGUUCAUCCCGGUUCCGGUUUUCGCGCGCGACGUCACGCGUGCCAUGCUGGACGUGAGGCCCGGGGAGGAGGAGGCGCUGGCGGUGAAUUUCCCGCUGCAGCUGCACCACACGCCGGACGAGAGCGUUGACGUGGCGAACCCGAGAGACGGGCUUUUGAGGAUGGUGAAGUCGCUGUGCCCGAGAGUGGUGACGCUGGUCGAGCAGGAGUCGAACACGAACACGGCCCCGUUCCUGCCGAGGUUUGUGGAGACGCUGGAUUAUUACUCGGCUAUGUUCGAGUCGAUUGAUGUGACGAUGGCGCGGGGUAGUAAGGAGAGGAUAAAUGUGGAGCAGCAGUGCCUGGCGAGGGAUAUUGUGAACAUUGUGGCGUGUGAAGGGAAGGAGAGGGUCGAGAGGCAUGAGUUGUUUGGGAAGUGGAGGCUGAGGCUUAUGAUGGCGGGUUUCCAGCAGUUUCCGCUGAGCUCGUAUGUGAACUCGGUGAUUAGGGGUUUGCUGAGGUGUUACUCGGAGCAUUACACCUUGGUGGAGAAGGAUGGGGCUAUGCUGUUGGGGUGGAAGGAGAGGAAUUUGGUGUCGGCGUCUGCUUGGCGCUGA